AUGAAGUGUGAUUUGAACGAGGCAACCCGAGUUCAAAUACCGGCAAUGGAAUUAAUUAAUGUAUUCCCUUUAAAUUUUGCUUUUUUUUGGGGGUGGCAAAAGGCCAAAAACCCUCGCUCAUCUCACAUGGGUUUUGGUAAGGAAGGGAAGAGGAGGAGGAUGAGCGGGGCAGGAAAACCCGAUUUCUUCUAUAGAGAGGCUCAAAGACUUGGUUUUGUUGCUCGCUCUGCCUUUAAGUUGCUUCAGAUGCAGAAGCAGUACAAACUUAUAACACCAGGUUCAUCUGUUCUCGACCUCGGUUGUGCUCCUGGUGCCUGGCUUCAAGUAGCUUGUCAGAGCUUGGGUCCACCAAAAAAUGGGGGAGCUGUUGUGGGAAUUGAUCUCAAGAAGGUGAAGGUCCCUUCUAUGCACUGUGAUGCAAGGGUCCAAACUGUUUGUGCUAAUGUCAUGAACCUCCCCCGGGGCCAAGUUAGAGCACUAUCUCCUCAGCAGAAAGGUUUUUCUGUUAUACUAUCAGAUAUGUGUCCCCUUGUUUCUGGAAUCGCAACCAAAGAUGCAGCUUUAUCUGCCGAGUUAGGGAUGCAGGCACUUAAUUUGGCUGUUGGAGGGGCUGCCUUAGUUCAAUCAGAUGACAACUUUCAAGUAGAGGGGCAAUCAGAUAGCUCUUCUUCUGUUCAGAAUGAUGGAGGUGUACUGCAACUUGGGGGUCACCUAGUCAUUAAGCUUCUAGAGAGCGAAGACGUAAAAGAAUUCAAUCAGAUUUGUAAACCCCUCUUUAGAAAGGCUUCAUGGUUGCGGCCCAAAGCUACAAGAUCAUGCUCCAGAGAGAUCUAUUUGAUUUGCCAGGGGUUGCGGUAGUGCAACAGGUGCAGGAAUCGACUCUUUUUAGAUGGUUGUUUCUGGGGCAGAGCAGGCAAAAUUGCUUAAAGAAUUGCAUAGAUUUAUCUCCAGCAGAGGUAAUCGAGGACCUCGAUAUACCAUCAGGGCCUCGAUAUGAUUUUCUUCUGUUUCUCGCGGUUUCGUAAGGCAUUCAAUCUUAUGUUUUUUGUUGAUGCUUGCUGGAAUUGAAAUACUGAGUUUAUAAAUAUAUUUGGGGGUCCAUGUUAACCGCAUUGCUAAAAUGUACUUCAUUGCUUUAUUAUUCGAUCAAUG